AUGGCGACUACUGUAGCGUCUCUAGUACUUUCGACCGGCAUCACAUCGGCGGUUCUUCAGGUUCUUGUCGACAGAAUCGCCACCAUCACUCAAACAAAGAUAACCCAGUUUAAGCAGCUGCAAAGCCAGUUCUUGGAGUUAGGAGCAACAAUGACCAAGGCAAAAGCUCUGGUUGACGAUGUAGAAAACAAGAAAUGUUUUCCGGAGGCGUGCCGUAUUUUGCUGGAAGAUAUCAAAAGUGUUGUUUUAGAUGCCGAUGACUUGCUGGAUGAGAUUGACAUGUUUCUCGAAAACAGAACCGAUAAGAAUCAGGUGAGUCAAAUCACUCAAAUGUUCCCAUCAUCUUUUAGAUUCAAUAUUCCUUCUGAGCUGCGCAAGAUCCAUAAAGAAUUGGGUGAUUUAGUAGAUAAACUGGAGGGCUACUGCAUGAUGAAUUUGGGUCAGCCUCAAAUGGCUGCUCCCACUCCCAUUUUGCCAAGUACUUCGUUGGUAGUUGGGUCCUCUAUAAUUUCAAGAGAUCCAGACAAGAAAAAGAUCAUUGAGAUGGUCUUGUCUGACCAAGGAGAGGGUGGAGGAAAUGUUUCUGUGAUUCCCAUAGUGGGAAUGGGUGGAAUUGGUAAAACUGCACUUGCUCAACUUGUUUACAAUGAUCCGGAUGUGGUUAGAAAUUUUGAUUUUAAGAUCUGGGUAUCAGUUUCUUUCAGCUAUGAUGUUGUCAUGAUUACAAAAUCCAUUUUUAACUCUGUUGCUGAGCAAAGGUCUGGGUUAAUGUCUGAAUUUAGGGGAGUUUUUGAGUUGUCUGAUAUGUGGAAAUAUUUUGAGUUGAGUCAUAAUGAGAUUCAUAUUCAGUUACAGAAGAAGUUGAGGGGGAAGAAGUUUUUGCUUGUACUUGACGAUAUGUGGAAUGAAAAUCCUAGAGAUUGGGAUCAAUUGAAAUUGCCUUUUCAAGUUGCGGCACAAGGAAGCAAGAUUUUGAUGACUACACGAAGCCAAAUUGCUUCGUCUAUUCUUUCCGGUGCUCCUGCUUAUCUUUUGAAUACUUUGUCUCAUAAGGAUUGCUGGACAAUCAUUAAACAAACAGCAGGACUAGGUGAUGCACAUGAAAAUGAGUUGAUCGGGUUGGAGAUAGCAAAGAAGUGCAAAGGGCUUCCUUUGGCGGCAAAAGUGAUUGGAAGUGUCUUGCGUUAUAAAUAUGGAGAAAGGAAGUGGGGUGCUUUGUUAAAAUGUGAGCUAUGGGAAUCUCCAGAACAUGGAAACCAUAUAUAUCCAGCACUUAAGUUGAGCUAUGAUAAUUUGUCUUCUUAUUUGAGAAGAUGUUUCACUUAUUGUUCUAUCUUCCCACGUGAUCAUGAAUUUGAGAAAGAUGAUUUGGUUCAGUUAUGGGCUGCAGAAGGCUUCAUUCAAGCUCAAGGAAGACAAGAAAUUGAAGAUGUUGGAAGAGAGUACUUUGGUGGCUUGUGUUCCAGGUCCUUUUUCCAAGCUUCAGAUGAUGAUCCACCAAAAUAUAAAAUGCAUGACCUCGUUCAUGAUUUGGCAAGAUUGGUUUCAACCACUGUUUCCUUUUCCAUGGAGGAUAAUGUGUCAAACAUCUUACCGAUACCUAGACAUGCUCGGUAUUCAUCAUUGCUUUGUCAAGACAUUAAGCCAUCUACAUUGGAGGUGUUUCACAGGUAUGAGAAGUUGCGAACCUUUUUGCUGCUUUCUGAACAUGCAUCCAAUCUUAAACAAGUUCCAUAUGAUUUCUUUAUAAAGUUGGGACGCUUAAGAGUGUUGAAUCUGAGCCAUAGUGGCAUCUCUGACUUGCCUGACUCUGUUAAGAAUUUGAUACACCUUCGUUACCUGAAUCUUAGUCAUUCCUCUAUCAAAAGAUUGCCAAAAUCUUUAGCAAAUAUAUAUGGGAUGGAGACACUUAAGCUCAAGAAUUGUUGUGAGCUUCUUCAAUUACCUGACAACUUGAAGAACUUGAUUAAGUUGCGACAUCUUGACUUUGAUGGUCGUGUAAUCAGUUCCAUGCCAAUGGAUGUUGGGAAGCUGACCAGUCUUGAAACUCUGCCUGCAUUUAUAGUGGGAAAGCACAUUGGAUAUCAGAUUGGAGAGCUCAAGAACAUGAUGUUCCUUCGUGGAUCCAUUUGCAUUACAAAUCUUGAAAAUGUGGCAAAUUCUGUUGAGGGUGAGGCUGCUAUGUUACAUGAGAAGCAAUACCUAAAGAAGUUGGAGUUGGAAUGGAAUGAAAUGGGUUCUCAAACAGUUCAUCAAGAAGUUCUUACGAGCCUUAAGCCUCAUGUUAGGUUGACAGAGUUACGAGUAACAGGCUAUUGUGGUUUAAUAUUUCCAAAUUGGAUUUCUGAUUCAUCAUUUUGCAAGCUUGAGAGAAUCCAUUUGGACAAGUGCCAUUUUUGCACACUGCUUCCUUCUCUUGGUCAACUUACAGCUCUCAAGUAUCUUCUCAUCCAAGAUAUGCAUGAUUUGGAAAAUAUUGAUCAUCUGUUAUGUGGCUCAACAGAUACUUUUCCUUCAUUGGAGACGCUGACAUUUCGGGACAUGCCAAAGUUGAAGAUAUGGUCAGGAAUAAAUGAAAAUGACAUGCCUCACCUUAUAGUGCUUAGCAUUGAUUCUUGCCCAGAACUGGUCACGCUACCUUCAUUGUGUUACCUAAGAUCACUUGAAAUGUUAGAAAUAAACCGUUGCUCGGAGCUUCAAUCAUUGCCAAGGGAAGGACUGCCGCUCUCACUCACAUGUUUGAUAAUUUCGGAAAGUGACAUUUUAAAGGAGCGAUGCGAGGUGCAAGGUGCAGAUUGGGACAAGAUCAAAUCGAUUCCCAACAUAAUGAUAGAUGAUGAAGUGAUUCCCAUGGAAGGACGUCAGAAUUGAACAUUGUUGCCUGUCCAAUCUAACUUGUUCAGAAGUUCCAAGUCUGAUAAACAGAAAAUCCUCUUCAUAUCGGGCUGUGACAAUCAUUGCAGCAAUUCUUGAAGCAGUUUAGAUGGGGCGUACGUGUGUUUGGCCUUUUCUGGGUGAUCCUAAUAUGUAAAUGAGAUUCAUGGUGCUCCCUGAAACAUGUUGUGUUGCUCACAUCUCCUUGUUUGUUGUGGUCGAUGUGGUUUCUUUUAUUUUCUGGUCUGCUUAUCUCUGAACCCGGUCACCAUCCUGGUUUAAUGUUUGAAACAAUUUAUCGAGUGUAGACUUUUAGAGUACAUGUAUUUAUAUAAAUUACAGUGUUCUAAAAUAAGUCCGCCCCAGCCAACCAUCCGCCCUAAUAACAUCUACCGAGUUUUCAGACCCUGG